CAUAUUUAUCGCAUAUCGCUUAUUGUUAGAAACGCAAAAAAAUAAGGAAAUACAACAAAGAAAGCAUGAGCAGCCAGGGGCAUCACAAAAUGCAUGGAUGCGGUGGCAUGUCCAUAUCCUCAUCCACAGCAUCUGGCUCCAGCAAAGGCAACAACAAUACCACCAAUUCGGAACCGGAAUUCACGGACGAAAUCGAUCUGGCGGAGCGCUUCUCGUCGGACAUGGCCCGCCUAUGUAUGAAUGAUAGAUACGCCGAUGUGGAAUUUGUCGUCGAGGAGCAACGAUUGCCGGCACAUCGUGUUAUACUUGCAGCGCGUAGCGAAUAUUUUCGUGCUCUCCUCUAUGGUGGUAUGUCGGAGACUACUCAACGACAGAUACCGCUGGAUGUGCCGUUAGAUCCAUUCAAGGUGCUGCUACGUUAUAUAUAUUCGGGAACCCUGUCGCUGGCCACAUUGGAUGAGGAUGCCGUUAUCGAUGUCCUGGGCAUGGCCAAUCAAUAUGGUUUCCAGGAUCUUGAAUUGUCCAUAUCCAAUUAUUUGCGGCAGUAUCUGGCAUUGAACAAUGUAUGCAUGAUCCUAGAUGCGGCACGCCUGUACAAUCUGGAGGAGCUGACCCAAGUGUGUCUAAUGUUUAUGGAUCGCAAUGCCGCCGAUCUACUGCACCAUGAUUCAUUCAAAAUGCUCUCGAAGGAAUCUUUGGAGGAGGUACUGCGUCGAGAUUGUUUCUUUGCCCCCGAAGUGGAAAUAUUUCUAGCCGUGUGGAAAUGGAGCCGAUACAAUCCUAGUGUAGAUAUCAAAUCGGUAGUGGACUUUGUACGAUUGCCACUCAUGAAUCUCGAAGAUUUGUUGCAAAAGGUACGACCCUCGGGCAUACUGGAACCGGAUAAGAUACUCGAUGCCAUCGAUGAGCAAAGCACAUCAAAGACAUUACCAUAUCGAGCGGCCCUUUGGCCGGAAGAGAAUGUCGCCACGGCUAAGUAUUUAUCACGUUGCAUUCAGGGGGAGUGCCGUUCAUCAUUGCUAAAUGGUGAUGUAAUCACCUAUGAUAUGGAGCACGGCUAUACCCGUCAUUGCAUCUCGGAUAACAAUGAUGCCGGCAUUGUGGUCGAAUUGGGCACCAUGAGUAUGAUCAAUCAUAUUCGCAUGUUACUCUGGGAUCGGGAUAGUCGAGCUUAUUCAUAUUUCGUCGAAGUUUCGGGCGAUCAACAGAAUUGGGAGCGUGUAGUCGAUUAUAGCGACUAUCAUUGCAGAUCAUGGCAGUAUUUAUAUUUCGAAGCUCGUCCCGUUCGCUAUAUACGACUCGUGGGCACCCAGAAUACCGUAAAUCGGGUAUUCCAUGUGGUCGGUCUGGAGGCCAUGCAUACAGCGAAUGUACCGAAGUUAAUUGAUCAUUUUGUGGCACCCAAGGCCAAUGUGGCCACCAUUGAGAUGAGUGCCAUUGUCACAGAUGGCGUCAGUCGCUCUCGCAAUGCUCUGAUCAAUGGUGACUAUGUACGCUACGAUUGGGAUUCGGGUUACACUUGCCAUCAAUUGGGCAGUGGUGAGAUUGUCGUACGUCUUGGCCAGCCUUAUCAUGUGGGAUCGAUGCGUUUGCUUUUGUGGGAUUGCGAUGAUCGGCAUUAUAGCUUCUAUAUCGAGACGUCAACAAAUCGACGCGACUGGCAAAUGGUAGUGGAUAGACGAAAUGACAAAGCGCGUUCAUGGCAGAAUUUCCAUUUUGCCCCACGUCCUGUGGUCUUUAUACGUAUUGUGGGUACACGGAAUACGGCCAAUGAGAUCUUUCACUGCGUGCAUUUGGAGUGUCCCAGUCAAGAUAAGAGUUAUUUGAAAAAAGUUGCCGAUCUGGAAAAGGAAAAGGAAAAGAAACUAGAGCUUAAGCAUAGAGCAACGGAUGACAAUAUGGCAUCCACAUCGGCCGCAGCAGCCGCAGCAUCGUCAUCAUCAUCAUCAACAGCAGCAGCAGCAGCAGUCGUUCCGUUAGCAACCUCAGUGGCGUCUACUUCAAAUGCAGACUCCUCCACGUCGCCUUUUUCUGGCAUUGGGCGAUGGCCCUUAAGUAUUCCCAGUAGCCCAGCAGCCGAUACAAGUCGGGCAAAAGAAAAUGAAAGUAGAUCUGUCGGCGAUCAAGCUAGUACCAGCAGCAGCAGCACCACCACCAAAUCCUCAUCUUCAUCCUCCACCCCCGCUAAAGGAAAACCAACGGCCCAGCCAAAUGCAUCUCCGACUGUUCCAAAGGAUAUCGAACAACCAUUGGUUGAAUUGGCUACCGAUGACAACACAAAUGAUGAGAAUUAAUCAAUUUGUACUUUGUGGCAACAUGAAAUACUCUAAUAAUUGCCCCACCCUUGCCUCAGCCGCCCCUGCCCUUUGACCCCUAAACAUAUUGUUAUGUCUUUAGUUUAAUCGUAUUUGUUAUCUAGUCCUUUCCAUGCAAUUAGUGAAACAAAAAAAAAACAAAUUACAUUCUCCAAACGAAAAACGAAAUAAAGUGAAAAAUAAAUAUUCCUUUUGUUUGCUAAGCAGCAUAUCUAUAAUGUAAGCAAUAUGAUAAACUAAAUUAUAUUCGGAUAAAUUAUAUACAUACAUAAAAAAAACAUAUACAUACAUAAUUUGAAUAUUGAGAUUAUGCGAAAUACAUAUAUACGAACUACUUAAAAUUAGAUAAUCAGCCGAACCAAAAUUUGUAUACGUCUACGUGAAUGAAGCGAGAAAUGUUAUAUAGAAUUUCUAAUUUGUAUACCACUUAUUCGCUAUAUACUUAUAUACCUAAAUAUAUGAUAUUUGUAUAACCUAAAA